AUGCACUACUAAACAAAGCCAUAGCAAACAAAAAAACGUUUGCAAAGGGUAAAGGCUACAAAACGCAGUCCACUGUUAGAUACUGGUUUUGGAAACAGAGAACUGUACGGCCAAAAUCCAUCUUGCUCCAUCUUCUCCCACUGCCGGCUAAAUGUGCUUCCUCUCAUCACCAUAUUUGGCAGUGAGUGGAAACGUCAACCGGAUGCUUCACAUUUAUACAUCCAGUAAAAUAUCUGGCUCAUGGUUCUAGCUGUGGUUGAGAUAUUUACAGCGGAAGAAUAUUGUAAGAAAAAAAUGUAUUAAAAAAAAAAAGACACGCAGUAAAAACGGGAUAGCUUGGAGAACGAUAUUAUAAAAUGUCUUCGUCAAAGACAUCUUGGCUUUUGGGGACCUUGUUAAUAUCAAUACUUUGUUUUGUUUCUUGGAAACAUUCAAUAAUCGAUGUGAGAGGUGCCUUUCUAUUGGUGGGGCGAGGUCUGUUGCUGUUGGGCCUGUCUACCUUGAUGGUGUCAUAUUUUUAUCCACGCCUGAGGUCUUUGUUCUCUUCCAACACCCGAUCAACAUCUGAAUAUUCUGAAGAUGAGGAGGCAAAACAAAGACAAAAGCAGGCAAGGGAUGAGCUGCAGGAGAAACACAGUGAGAAGGCCUUCUCUUACCAGGAGUCAGUGCUGAGGCCUCGUCAGGAGUCUUCCAUGAGAAAGAAAGAAGAGCGAUUCUACCGCAUGACGGGAGAGACCUGGAAGCUGACUGACGGAGAACAACUUGGGGAAGGAGAAUCGUUAGGGCAGAGUGCCCAUGAGGAUGUUGAUGGGACACCCAAUCAGGAGGCAGUAAGAAGGAGGAAACUGCCAGAGAGUGCCACCAGACUCCACCCCAAACCUGAGGUCCCUCCCCAAAAAAGGGUGGUCGUUUUACCAGAGGAGCCAGCAGAGGAUGCUGAAGGGGUUGUACGGGUGGCUUUGAGAUGCCCAAGUGGAAGAACAAUUCACAGAAGAUUCCUGAAAUCCGACAGCUCCUCGGUUCUUUUGGACUGGUUGCUGAAAACAGGAUAUCACCCUACACUCUAUACAUUAUGCACCACCUACCCCAGACAACCCUUGGUCAUUGGGAAAGACAUAAGCAUGGGGGAUGCAGGCAUUUUAACACACACAGUAUUAAAUGUGGAAGGGAAAGAUCCCUCCACGACCUGAGGAAAAUAACAAUAUGGGCAACUGGUUACUGGAUCAUGGAAGGCGUCAGAACAGCAAAUCCUUGACAAGGGAACGAAGCUAUAAACUAAGUCCAUAUUGCAUGGAUUCUUAAUGUCAGAACCAAGUAUACAACCAGUGUACUUCUUUCAUGCUCUGUUGUAUGAAUUACUGUUUCAUUAAAACUUUGCUACACAAACA